GCACACACAGAACAUACACCAUGAAAGUACAGAGCGGACUUUGCAUCUGCGCGUUGGCCAUUGUGACCUUAUCGAUCGUAGCGGAAGCGACCUAUGACCUCCAGAGAUUACUAGGCCUUGACGCGGAAGACCAGUAUUCUAAACGAGACGGCACCGACCUGGACCAAGAAUUCGAAGGAGAGUGGGAGGAUCUCCCAUUCAAAAGAGGGGUCGGCACCCAAAAGUUCAUUGCGUGUUUCCACCCUGGCCUACGGACAAAAUGUUUUUGCGAUAGAACGAAACCAAAAUACAGCAAGCACUAUUUCUAUUACUGUAGAGUCGCCAAUGACGUAGAGGAUCAUUUUUUAAAAUGGACAUACUAUCGACGAAAACGGUGAUGAGGAAUGUACCAGACGCCAUGGCAUGCUUCGUCCUGUCUGAGUAAAGUCCUUCAUUUCCUCGUCUUUGAUUUUCGAUCAUCGUUUUUGCAGCUUCUUGCUUUGCUACUUAAGAUAUUCCAUGGAUUGUGUAAGGCGGAUAUUUCACCAAACAAAGGGUGUGAUUAAUUCCGUGAAUCAUUAACAUUUCUAUUUCUGAAUGGGUCUAUGAUUAUUUGGGAAAGUCUUUUUGGUACUUUGCCAUCACAAAUUACUUAGCAAUCAUAUUCCAUUAAACGCUAACAUAGUCAUGAUUUGUUUGGCAUAUAAAGGCCACCGCACACCUAACGACUGUUCGCGAUCCGAUUUUGGAACAAAUCGCAUUUUGCUUAUUUUCUGAAAAUGUGAAUGGAAAAUAUCAUUUUAUUUGAGGUUAAAAUUAAUUGAAAGAAUACUAAUAUAACCAUUUCGAAAGAUUGCAAGCUUUUAUUUUUGAGUAAAGGCCAGAUUAGUUUCAAAUCGUAGCCAACCGUACGACUGUUAUGACGUCAUUACGACUAGAUAUUAAAUUCGCUUUUAUUCUAAGGAGGAUGAUAGCAUAGUCACAGAUUUGAUCAUAGGUAUUCGUACGAUGAUUUAGAACAUUACACAGUAAGAUAUUCCAAGUCUCAAUAUUAGCAUCAAAUUCUACUACAUCUUAUUCUGAAAUCGAGUCGCCGACCAGUCGUAAGGUGUGCGGUCGCAUUAAAGAAGAAUGGUUAUACUAUUGUGCUUGACGACAUGAUGAUUAUCGUCUCAAAUCAUGACGACUUCUUAGCUUUGUGAGUCGACAUGGUCGUGCAAUUAUAUUUUAGCUCACCGGGUUGGCACCCAAAGCUCGCUCACAUGUUGGCAUGGUGACCUGAAGAUAGGCCUAUACGUUGUAAAAGCUGCGGUGUUAAUUUAACACCAGUCCGGAAUCUAGAAAUGACCACACCAGAGAAGUGUUGAAACAACACCGGAUUGAUAUUAAAUCGAUGCUUAACACUAAUUGGUGUUGCAUAAACAUGAUAAACGCGUAUCUGGAAUUAGUCCAAAACCAAACUGGUGUUGUUUUAACACUUCUCUGGUGUGGUCAUACAUAGAUUCCAGAAUAGUGUUAAAUUAACACCGCAGUUUUUGCAGUGCACAACCUGAUACUCCAUCAUUACAUGUUUUGCCCUUUAGUGUUCAACUUUGGAGGAUAUAUUUAUAUGGCCAUGUCGGUUUUCUAAGUAAAUAAUCAUAAGUCGAUAUGGCACAUUAGAUACCUCGAAAUCUCUUAAAGCAUAAUUUCACUGUAAAAUGUCCAUAUUAUUGUAUUAAAACAACAUUAAAAAUAUUAUUCUAUCAUAUUUUCCGAGCGCAGUAAUAAGACGGCAAUCAACCCGCUAAAAAUAUGAUCAAUAUUCAUAGAUUAUCUUCAGAACAAAUUAUGAGACCGGAUAUCGAUGUGUCGGCCAUGACUGAUUGAUUGCAGUGUUAUUAGGCCUGUAAUCAGAACGAUGAAUUCGACAUUCCAUUCAAUAUAUAAAUUACUACAUAGACGGAGUAUUAUGUCAUAUACUAUACCAUGUACGUAUCUCUUUGCAUUUAGCAUGUUUAGUGUGAACGCAUUGCGAUGCAAAGAUAAAAUCUUAUGAGAAAAGAACUUACUAUAUGACAUGCGAGAAUUUUGUUUUGUUUAGUUUGUCAUUACAUGCGUAAAGAUGUGUAAGAAGCAAACAGAUUGAUGAGGUCCUAACUUGUGUUUUCACACAAAUUCUCAACCGAUUAGUUAAUAAAAUGUUUUUGUUAAGUUAUAUAUUCCACCUAUGCAAAGAAGGGUUUAGUCACGUAAUCUAAUCGGGUUAAUAACGAUGUAUUUGUUAGACAAACUCUGACAAUGCGCGUAUAUUCAUGAUACUACUUUUUGUUAUUUCGUUUAAUUUGAGAAAAGGGGAGGAAAGUUCAUUUCAUAAAUAAUUAAUCAAUUUAUGGAGUGUUUUAUAAUGUGUCCACACAAUAUACGCGCUUUCUUCGAUGGGAGAUGACUCAAAGGUCAUCUCAGUUGAAGGGUUUGAUCUUUCACUGUACGGGAGAUUAGAGAAAAAAGAGAAUGACUGGUGAUUGAUUGGUCUACAUGAAUGUAGGCUCUAAAGGCAUGAAAGGCUAAAGUGUCAUCCAACAGGUUCUCCGCCAGAUUCACAUCUGAGCCAUGCAACCGCGUGGUCCCUCAGGGGUAUGAUUUAUCGCCUUUUCUUUUCAGAUACAUCAACUGUUUCAACAAUAGUUUAUUUAUUUUUAUUUAUUUUAUUUCCAGGCAAAAGACAAUAAGAAUAUAUACAAGAGGAAUAAAUUACCACCGACUAGUGCCUGAGGAUGACUAAAAGAAAAACUAGUUUCUGUUAUGAAGCUCUCCUCACUAGUCAGGGUUUACAAAUAUACAAAAUAAAAUCAGAUAAAAUGGCAAUAUAUGUUUAGAUGCAUUACUUAAUAAAACAAAGAACUU